AUGAAUGAUAAUAAUUCGUGUGUAUCAUCAUCACCAAUUCGUGUACAUUUUUCGGAUGUAACAAAUAAGAAGACUAUGAUAGAUGAUGAUCAUCGAUGGAAGAUCCCGAACAGUGCACCAACAAUUACGAUUGACAAUGAUGAAAACGAAAACGAUGCUUGGAAUGAAUAUCGACAUCUCUUCGAAACCAAUCGAUCAAAGAUGUUAAAUUUAUCACCAUCAGUUGAUAAUUACUUACUGCGACACAGUAGUGCGAAUACAAGUUUAAGUGAAUCGACGUCACUUGAACCACUAGUCGAUAAUCAUGAUGAUAUUUUUUCAAUGAUUGAACAAGCUGGAAUUACUUUUGAAGCAUUAGCUGGAUCGUCAUCAGCUGAUUUACUCGGCAGCACAAGUGGUUAUCAUUCCUAUGAACCAUCGCCAUUCAAUCAUCGAUCGAAAAGAUCAUCAUUACUUGAUCCAUCGGCAGCUGAAUUUAAUAUGGAGAUUGAACCACCUAUGACGGCUACACACUAUUCAGCGAAUCGAUCUUCAUGUCAUACCGAUCAGCAUGUUCGUCGUUCUUCACGGUCACAGCACAAUCAAAUGCCACCACGCAUUUCGACGUCAUACGAAUACAAAUUUGGUGGCUAUGGCCGUGGUAUCAAUGAAUUUCUCGAACCAAAUGGUAUUACAUUUCUUUCGGAUGGAACAAUCACAGUUGUCGAUACGAAUUCAAGUCAAGUUAAACUUUUCGAUCCUGUUCGUCGAGAAUGCGUAAUGAAAUUUGGUCAAGCUGGAACAAGACCUGGCGCUUUGCUUUAUCCGUAUCGUGUUGCUGUCUUACCCGGACAUGACCUACUCGUGAUGGUUCAACGUUCUCCACGGCCCAUGAUACAGAUCUUUGAUCGUAAUGGUCAAUUCAUUCGUCGUUUCGGAAACGAUCUCGAAAGUCCACGCGCUAUUUGUAUCGAUCAACAAGGUCGAAUCAUUAUUAUUGAAUCCAAAAUUAUGAAAGUUCAUAUUUAUGACGCCAGUUCGGGCCGUAUCUGGGGUCAAUGUGAUUUACGUGAUCAUUUAAGUUUUCCGACAAGUGUCUGUGUCAAUGAUCGACAUGAACUUUACAUUAGUGAUAAUGAGUCACAUUUCGUUCGAGUCUUCGAUUAUAACGGGCAACAUUUGAAGAAUAUUGGUGCUGGAAUUUCGUAUCCUAUCGCAUGUCGUAUUAAUCAACCACGACGUGAACUGAUUGUUGUUGAUAAUCACGAAAAUUUCAAUAUCACAACUUACGAUUAUGAUGGAAAUAAAAAAUAUUCACACUAUUCAUUAAUGAAACAUUCUCAAUGUUUCGAUGUUGCUGUUGGAUAUAACGAUGAAUUAGCGAUGGCAUCGAAAGAUUACAAAAUCUACGUGUACAAACUCGGCGAAGGUCUCGAAUCAACAAGCAGUGAUAUAAAUCCAAAUUAUUAUUAA